GACGUGAUUACGUAGGUGUCGGACGUCGGCAACGAGAUUAUGUUAAUAUCGGGCUCAGGCCUAUUUAAGCGAGCCUGAGCCCGCGCAGACUCAGAGAAGUCAGGCGAGCCCAAGAAUGGCGGGCACCGGUUUGGUGGCUGGAGAGGUUGUUGUGGACGCGCUGCCGUAUUUUGACCAGGGUUAUGAAGCGCCUGGUGUGCGGGAAGCGGCCGCGGCGUUGGUAGAGGAGGAAACUCGCAGGUACCGACCUACCAAGAACUACUUGAGCUACCUGACAGCCCCAGAUUAUUCCGCUUUUGAAGCUCCUUUACAUAUGAAGUAUGUGUGUGCCUGUGCAUUUCUCCAGACUUUAGAAAGCAUUGAACCCAGAGAAGACUUGGGAGAAGGGAAGUGCUCCGCUAUAGUGGACAGUCAUAAAACUGACAUAAUGAGAAAUGAAUUUGAAAGACUGGCUGCUCGACAACCAAUUGAAUUGCUCAGUAUGAAACGAUAUGAACUUCCGGCCCCUUCCUCAGGUCAGAAAAAUGACAUUACUGCAUGGCAAGAAUGUGUAAACAAUUCUAUGGCUCAGUUGGAGCAUCAGGCAGUUCGAAUUGAGAAUCUGGAACUAAUGUCACAGCAUGGAUGCAAUGCCUGGAAAGUAUAUAAUGAAAAUCUAGUUCAUAUGAUUGAACAUGCACAGAAAGAACUCCAGAAAUUAAGAAAACAUAUUCAAGAUUUAAAUUGGCAGCGAAAGAACAUGCAGCUCACAGCUGGAUCUAAAUUAAGAGAAAUGGAGUCAACUUGGGUAUCCCUGGUCAGUAAGAAUUACGAGAUUGAAAGGACUAUUGUACAAUUAGAAAAUGAACUCUUUCAAAUGAAGCAGCAACAUGGAGAGGCAAACAAAGAAAACAUACGGCAAGACUUCUGAAAAAGAUUAAUUUGGCGGGUAGGAAGGAAGGCUUUCACAGAAGAUCAGGCAUCUGAGCUAUGAGGAACAAUAACAUCCUAUGAAAAUCAUCCAGGUUAAAUGUGGAAACCAUAUAAUGUGGACUGUUAUAUGUUAUUUGUACAUUUAAGCAAAAUAAAAAAUUUCAAAAUG